AUGUUUCCGUUAUGCAAGACGGUCCUUGUAACCACCGAUUUCGUGCUUGCCAAGAAUGGCGAACUUAGAGGAGCAAAAUUGCUACUCGGAAUAAGAUACGAGAAAAUUGUGACAAAAUUAAAUCUUCCUACUAACGGGUGGACUUCCAGUCUAUUUGUUGGACAAAAAUUCACCGAGGAAAAAUUGAACCGCACAUCACCGGUCAACACACUUCCAUCUCGUUGCACAUAUCUCAUUGCCACCAGUGAUGUGGGGCAUUGUCUUUGUGUCAGACGUACUAUAGCAACUCCAUCGACCGUGGAUCUUGCUUCUAUUGGAAAUAGAUUUUUUUCGGUUUCGGUGAAAUUGAAAAUUUUGAAUGCCAAACAAGUAGUAGGAAAGAAAAAGGUCGUUAAUGUCCACGUGAGAAGUAAAAAGAUGUGCAAAAAUCGAGAAAAAGCAAAUACUCCAAUGGCUCGGUACACUAUGUUGGCACACCCACCUGUGGAACAGAAUAAAUUUUCGAAUCUUCAAAGUCGACUCUCGUCGUAUCAUCAAUCUUCCUCUGUCUCAACCUUUAUUCAACCAUCUCAAUGUGCAUCUCGGUUUUGCCCAACAUCUAAUAAUCCGACAACACUGAGAUCACCUGCAUCUGACAAACUUUUGGAGCUUGCGAACUUUCAAAUCUUAGGGAUCGAAGUUGAUUUCAAACAUUGGUCAAAAUUAUCUAGGCCACACGUGGUCAUCUUCAAAGCUGUUGAAUUCAUGCACCGAAUUAGAAGUUUUGGUUUAUUACGGCAUCAGUGUAGCCAAACAACAUUCACUGGAUGUGAUGGAGAGCGUUUAUUCGAUUUGUUGGCAAAAGUGUACCGAAGAACUUUUGUGAAAUUAUUUUACCGAAUAAUUGAUUUUACUUGGAAGAUGUUUUUUAAAAAAUAUUUUGGCAUCAGAAGGUACGAUGAUUCGCUUCAAGAUGAGGUCAUCAAACGGCAUCAGAAAGAGAGUAUGCUGAUGAAAUUUUAA